UUCUCCAUUUUGGCAUUUGAAUUCCAUGUCUCACAUGCAUAUGUUGCUGUUGGAAUGACGAUUGCGUCAAGUAGGUGUAUUUUUGUCUCAAGUCCAAUAACUUGGUUUUACUUAAGAUGGUGACGCUUCAAAUAGACCAGAGCACGAUAUUCUGAAGUGAAACGAAAUAUAAAUAAAAGUAUGAAGUAUGUGUUCAGUACUUUUUACAAAACCUUUACCACAUGCUAGAGAUAACACUUUUUCUGAACAUUUUUAAAUACGCUAAUAGUUUGUUUGCUUUUAUAUUUUCUCUUUCUCUCUCGUACCGUGACCUCCGUGACCCCAUAUCGAAGGUGCCGCUCGCACACACACUCAAAUAGUAAUGAUUUUGGUGAUUUUUUUUUCUUUCUAUGUCAACCAGGAAGUUUUACUUGUAUUCUCUCUGUUUGAAAUACCAAGGUAGUACAUAUAAGAAACAAUAUUUAACUAAAUAGCAUGCGUUAUUUUACUGGUGGUGCAUUCAAUAAUUCUUAUUCCAGUGCUUUAAAUUGUAAGAAAUGGCUGCAUCACACUUUUACAUAUCACUUCUAUUUCUUCUAUGCUGGGAUAUUUUUCAACCAGCUGUUGCUGAAUGUACUGAAGGUUGGUUUGGUAAAUUUUGUCAGUACAAAUGCCAUUGUCAGAAAUGUGACUCCAAAGGUGACUGUAUGGAUACAACCUCCUGUCUAAGUGGAUGGUUUGGAUAUAAAUGCCAAUAUCGAGAUCUCGUCAAUUAUUUAAACACGAAUCCCUAUAAAUGGUUAACAGAUAGAAAUGACUUAACUUGCAAUGAAAAUGAAAAUGUGACAGACAUAGUUUUGACUUUUAACACAUCGAUUCCAUACACCUGGAUGAGAUUAAUUUAUAAAACAACAGAAUCUAUUCAGGUAUUUGAAGUUUAUUUCAAGAAAUCUAAUGUAACAUUACAAUGUCUUGACCAACGAUUUUUACAAAUCAACUACAACAUUAUCGAUGUGUUUUGUACAUUAAAUGUUACUAUUCAAGAGAUAAUUAUCAGCGGAGACAGCGUCAAAUCAUUAUGUUCACUCUAUGUCAGUGGUGGGAGAAAUGUUGCACUGAAGCAGCCAACACGACAGACAUCUACAUUUAAACCAACAAUUGAUCGUAAUGAUCCUCCAGGAUACGAUUCACUGCCAGAACAUGCUGUAGAUGGUAAUACUAGCAGGAAAUUUAAUGACAAGAGUUGUACACACACUGGUGAAAAUGAUACCUAUCCUUCAUGGGCAGUAACUUUUAAUACAACAUUUGUUGUCAAUCAGUUCAUUUUGCACAACAGAGUCGGUUUAGAAGAAAGACUUCAGAAUUUCCAUCUCAGAGCAUUUGAUGAUAUGCAAGAGGUUCUUUAUUACCAAGACGAAGAUCAGAAAACAAAAGUGGAUAUUUAUACAGUUACUGAAAAAAUAUCUCACAUAGUAACAGAAGUAAACAUAUCUGCAACUAGAAAAAACGACCUUUAUUUAACAUUGUGUGAGGUCGAAAUUUUUGGUGACUGCCCAGAAGGGAAAAAAAGCUUAGACUGUAAUGAGACAUGUGACUCCACAUGUGAACGAAACUGUAAUAUCAAUGAUGGUUCUUGUAAUUAUAUAUGCCUUGGUUUCACAAAUCCACCUAAUUGUACAAAAACGUGUGAUCCACACAAGUGGGGUCUGAACUGUAACAACAACUGCUCAACAAACUGUUGGAAUACAACGUGCAAUGGACAGACUGGACUUUGUGAAGCUGGUUGUUACGGUUUUAGAGAUCCUCCUAAUUGUAAAAUAAGUUGUAUGCCUGACACCUGGGGACCAAAUUGUUCCAACGACUGCAGUUCACAUUGCAUUAAUUCAACAUGUGAUAGUCUCACAGGUCAUUGUCUGUUAGGUUGUCAGGAUGGGUAUAAAGAUCUUGAUUGCAAUAAAGAAUGUGAAGUCGGACUUUGGGGAACGAACUGUUCAAAGCAAUGCAUAACUGGAUGCUUUAACAAAACAUGCAAUAUAACAAACGGACUUUGUACUGAAGGUUGUCUGGGAUACAUAGAUUUUCCAGAGUGCUCUGUUGGUUGUCCAAAUGACACCUGGGGUUUAAACUGCAACCAAACAUGUAGCUUUAACUGUUACAAUUCAAGUUGUCAUAGUUUUAAUGGAAGUUGCACUGCAGGCUGUGUACCAGGUUUUGAAGGCUUAAAGUGCACACAAGCUUGUGACCGAGGCAAGUGGGGCAUGAAUUGUAACAAGAAUUGUUCCCAAAACUGUCUUGACUCCAACUGUGAUAGAGAAACUGGACUUUGUGUAUCUGGCUGUAAAGGUUUUUCAGAUCCUCCGUUUUGUACACAAAAAUUGCGAAGUAGCUCAAGUGAUAACAAUGAUAAUGAUUCUAAUGUUGGUGUUAUUGUUGGGCCUGUAGUUGCUGCUCUCGUUCUUCUGGUCUUAGUUAUUGCAGCAGUGAUAUUGUUGAGAAGACGAACAAAUUGGAGGAAUUCUAAAGGACAAACAAAGCGUCAAAAAUCCUCAACUAAGAGCAUAACGUCUGGUGUUGUCUCUUUGUAUGAACAAAUGGAAGAGCCUCCUAACAACGAGAUAGAGACAAGUAUAGACGGAGGUUACAUGAAUGCUGUCCACACUGAGAAUGGCACUUUGAUAGCCGUGAAAGAUUUCAACAUGUUCAUGGCCAAACACAAUGGAACUUUUUUUACUCAACAAUUUCAGACUAUUCCAUCCCCCAGCAAUGUAUCAACAGAAUAUGCUAACAAUGUUAGUAACAAACUCAAAAAUAGAUACAAAAAUAUCUGCACAUAUGAUCACUCUAGGGUUAAUUUAAAAAUAGACACUGACAAAGGUGAAGGAGAUUACAUUAAUGCUUCAUAUAUAAGGGGAUAUAAAGAUCAAGUGGAAUUUAUCGCCUCACAAGGUCCCAACAAAACAAUUCUCAAUGACUUUGUCAGAAUGUUAUGGGAACAGAAUGUCGAGAAAAUUGUCAUGUUGACCAAUUUGACAGAAGAUGGGAAAAUGAAAUGUGAGCAGUACUGGCCCAAUGAAGAGAAACUACUCUAUGGAGACAUUAAAAUGAAAUUAAUCUCUACAGAAACAUUUUCAGACUACACUGUCAGACGUUUGGAACUGAACAAGAAAAAUGAAGACACACACCAUGUAACACAGUAUCAUUUCCACGCAUGGCCAGAUAAAGGUGUACCCGAAGCACCUUGGAGUCUUUUACAUUUUAUACAUAGAAUAUCAAGCAAGACAUCGACACAUUACAUUGUCGUGCACUGUAGCGCAGGAGUUGGCCGAACUGGCACAUAUAUAGCUAUUCACAAUGUAUUAAGACAAGCCAGGGAAACGGGAAAGUUGGAGUUUUUCAAAACAGUGACCAAAUUAAGAGAAGACAGAAUUUUGAUGGUUCAGACUGCACUCCAGUAUGAGUUUGUACAUAGAGCCGUUCAAGCAGCUUUACUAACUGUUGACAGAACUGUCAGAAUCGAUGAUCUCAGAAACAAGAAAGAAAGAAACAUAUUGGCCGGGACAAGGGUUGAUGCAGAGUUUAAGACAUUGUGCAGUGUCUGUAGUAUUGUCAACAGUCAAGUAACAACCGAAGACAACAGGGAAACCCAGGAGGACGUUUACCAAAAUACACAGCUUUUAUCUCAGCAAGAGAAAAACAGAUUUACGUCAAUCCUACCAAAACGCCAGUACAGACCUCAUCUGGAGAGUGACAAUAAUGUAUACGGAGAUUAUAUUAAUGCUGUGUUUGUAUCGGGAUUAAAACAAAAAGAUCAACAUUUCUUAACCCAGCUACCAAUGCCUGGUACAGUUGAUGACUUCUGGAGAUUGGUUAUACAGUAUAAAGUAACACUUAUCGUGGACUUUGAGUUUGAGAAGCAGAAAGAUGAUUCGACUAUUGCCAACUAUUUACCAACAAAACCCAGUAAAGUAUUUCAAACAGAACUGUUUGAGAUAGCAAGUCACAGUUACAAACAGACAUUGGUGUGGGAUGAACAAAAGUUGACAGUCUGUCAUGUUGAUCAAACAAAACAGCUCAAGCAUGAAGUACUUCACAUCAGAGCCGGCAUCAAAGAUUUGAAUACAAAGAAAUGGGUUCAGCUCAUCAAACAUCUUCAGGCGUUCAAUGUCUCUGGAAGAAAAGUUGCUUUCCUUUGCAGAAAUGGUGCCAGCUUCAGUGGCUUGGCCUGUGCAUUAUGUCUCAUGAUUGAAACACUGGACACUGAGUCCUGUGUUAACGUUCCUGUAAUCGUUGGAUCAUUAAAGUUUAUAAGACCAGAAGUCAUAGCCACAGUGGCUGACUACAGACUUCUCUAUGAGGUAUUAGAGAGAUACAGUGAAACGUCCAGCCAAUACACUAACGUAGGGGACAAGUUUCUCAAAGAAAUGUUGUGACUCAGUCUGUGAGAACUAUAGUGAUGGGCAAUCUGUUUUAUAUUCUUAGUAAUUUAUUCUUCAUUUUGUACUUUAUAUGAAUGUUAUGUUUUUAUUCUUUAGACUAUUUUUUUGAAUAACUGUUAUAUAUAUAUAUAUAUAUUGUAUCUCUUAAAGAGAAGAGAAAGGCCCAUUAAAUUGUACAUCUAUUUCAUUGUUUUUUUACAUUACUUGUAUGCUUUUAGCAACAAAGUGCAAACCUGUUCAUCAAAUUUUUAAGCGAUAGACUUGUUUUAUUUCUAAAUAUAAAUACUAGUUUUAGCCUUCUAUAAAGCCUUCAUUUUUAGAUGCUGUGCUGACAUAAUUGUUUAUAUCAUAAUUAAUUUUCGGCAAUUAAUAAACUAUUUUUAGACAAAAAA